GCUGUAGAAAAUGAACAUAAAGGUUUUAAUCAGAGUAUACUUUAAUGUAAUUGUCAGUUGAUUCUUUACUCUGAGUACUUACAACUAGCUGUUUUUAUACAGAACUGAAAAAUAUGUUUUAUAGGGCCUGCUUUGGAUUCAGUAUUAGCAAGAUAUUCAAGGCUACUGAACCAAGAUUAUUAAUUCAUAAUGGUUUGUCUUUGGUUGACUACAUUAACAGUACGUGUUGUUUUAGGAAAAGGGUGCAUACAAGGAAAACAUUGUACUCCAAAACCUAAAGUUACUGUUCUUGAAAAAUAAGCAUGGUAAAGCUGAGGUUACUUCAAAAAUAAUUCAUUUUAUUCAUAUCUUAGAGUGAGGCCGUGAUGAAAAGGGAAACACAAAAUUGCCCUUCUUAACAGAGCAAACUGCAGAGAAAGUCAGGAGAGAAUAUGCUUGAAAGCUCUACAAGUAACAUUGCUUUUCAAAUCUGGACUUACGAAAAGUGGGAGCUGCUGAAUGGCAAUGAUCAUUCCCUGGCCCUUUUGGAUAAGCUCUUCCUUUACUUGCAUAUGUCUCAGCAUGCCAUCACAUCAUGGAGUGAAUGCCUCUGGCCCCUGUGGAAUUCUCCAUUCCCCACUCUCGUAAACUUCAAAGGGAGACGUUAAAGGCAUGGUCGGGGUCCUUGCUGAAUUAAACUGAGAGAAACAGUUUAUACAAUUACAAAACACACCCCACAGCAUGAAACAAGAGGACAAGAAUGUAAUUGUCACUUUAGCUCCACCACUGCCAAGCCUCAUCAGUGGAAAACAAAAGAUUGAUUGGAUGUCAUUUGGAAAACAAAGUGAGAUGUCAUUUGGAAUCUAAUCUGCUGGACAGGAAGUUUUAGACUAUAGUUUUAGGACUGCCUGUGGAAUGAUGGCCUAACUGAAAUGCCCAUCUUAAACCACAAGGUGCAGAAUCAAGAGCUUAAAUAAACACACACAAGCUUUUCAAAGAAGAUGGAGACAACCACAAAUAAACUGCAGAGAGGCAAUGCUAUACAAAGAACAGUGGCGGUGGCUCUGUACAGUUAGCAUACUACAGCUGUGAGUUCAUGGUCUGGUCACAUCUGCAAACUUCCUGGAAGAAUGAUGGGGAUUCGAGUGCUUCGUUUCUCUCUGGUGGUCAUCCUUGUGCUACUGCUGGUAGCUGGGGCUCUGACCACUUUACUUCCUAAUAUCAAAGAAGAUAAGAUGCUCACUCUGCGUAGGGAGAUAAAAUCCGAGGGCAAGUCCACCCUGCACUCCUUUACUCUCAUAAUGCAGACAUACAACAGAACGGAUCUCUUAUUGAGACUUUUAAAUCAUUAUCAGGCAGUGCCACAGCUGCACAAAGUGAUUGUGGUAUGGAACAAUAUUGGGGAGAAGGGACCAAGUGAGCUCUGGCAUUCUCUAGGGCCUCACCCUGUCCCUGUGAUCUUCAAGCCGCAGACAGCAAACAGGAUGAGAAAUCGACUCCAGGUCUUUCCUGAGCUGGAAACCAAUGCGGUGUUAAUGGUAGAUGAUGACAUGCUAAUUAGCGCCCAAGACCUUGUUUUUGCUUUCUCAGUGUGGCAGCAAUUUCCUGAUCAAAUCGUAGGAUUUGUUCCUAGAAAGCAUGUCUCUACUUCAUCAGGUAUCUACAGCUAUGGAGGUUUUGAACUGCAAACACCAGGGUUUGGAAAUGGUGACCAGUACUCGAUGGUGCUGAUCGGAGCCUCAUUCUUCAAUAGCAAAUACCUUGAACUCUUUCAGAGGCAACCUGCAGCUGUCCAUGCUUUGAUAGAUGAAAUGCAAAACUGUGACGAUAUUGCCAUGAAUUUUAUCAUUGCCAAGCACAUUGGGAAAACGUCAGGGAUAUUUGUGAAACCUGUAAACAUUGGCAAUUUAGAAAAAGAAACCAACAGUGGCUAUUCUGGGAUGUGGCAUCGAGCUGAGCACUUCCUGCAAAGGUCUUACUGUAUAAAUAAGCUUGUUAGUAUCUAUGAUGGCAUACCCUUAAAAUACUCCAACAUUAUGAUUUCUCAGUUUGGUUUUCCAUAUGCCAACCACAAAAGUAAAAUGUGAAAGUAAAAGAAACAAAUCUCAAAACUGCUUAGUAUUUGAGUAGCUUCUCCAUGCUAUGGUUGGGUUGUUUGUUUGUUUGUUUGUUUUUCUUCAGCAACAUGAUCAUUUAUCCAUUCAGAAGUCUCAACAAAGGGAAAAAAAUCUAUAAUGCUUCUAGGAUAUAAAAUUCACCUGAACUUCAAAAAACCAAGAAGGCAGUGUUAUGCAGACAGGUCUUAUGAAGAGUUUUCUUCCAUGGAUGUAACUCCUUAGUAAGUGAUUUUAUUGUUUACACUCAGACUGUCUACAGUUUCUUUGACUCCUGGCAUAUGCCUUAAGGACCUAAAGCAGUCCAUUUCCAGGAACAGAAACUCUCAUUUCUCAGCUUUUUAAUUAAAGGUUGAUUGUUUUCAUUUGAGGCCUGAAAUGCCUCUUUGGCAAGUCUGUGGUGUAGGGAAGAACCAUGUGAGGAGAGAAUCGUCUCAAUCUCACACAAAACGUGGGCAAUGCGUGACUAUCAGCGCUUCCCUUGCAAUCCUUCCAACCAGCCCUUUCCAGGACUGAGAGUCUGGCAUGCAGCCAUCAGUGCUUCUAUUUUUGUUGAUAAGCCCUUUGCAACUGGGAGGGUCAAUUUUAGAAGGAUAUCUAGUUGUUUGCUUGAUUUUUGUGAAAUUGCAUGGGUCACAAAAAAUUCUGCCUAUGUUUCUUACAUACAACUUACAUACAGCAAGGAGCAAAUGUGUUACUGGGUUCAGGUAGUGCAUUUUGUCACUGAGUCUGACCUUGAGAUUGUACAUAAAUUCUUACAUUUUACAUAAUGUAUAUGUUGUUUAAGAAAUGUGUAAAAUAACUCUUCCGAAAGAACUGGCAGAAGUUAAAACCCUUCGUAUCAAGAGAUCUUCAUCAUUAGAGAAUAAGUUAUCUCAUAGGUACUAAAGAGUAGUGGGUAUUAUACAAAAGUCAAUCUCUUGUAUUCAGAGCUUCUUUUUUUCUUUUUUCUUUUCAAAAAAGAUGAAAAGAGCUAUUCAUGAUGAAAUUUCAGUUAUACAGACAAGAAAAAAUUAGAACUGAGUCAUAGCUGAGGAAUUCUAUAGGGAGUCUGCAUCAGCUAAUUAAGUUGCCCACCUCUGUUAUGUGAAUUGGUAUCUAUCUGUCUAAUAACACUAUCUGUGGUCCUUGUUUACUACUGGUAACAAGGAAUACUUAUUUAGGUCUCUGUCUCUUCUCUUUCCACUCCUCCUCCUCCAAUAAUGGCAUUAUGUUCUCACAAUUGCAAAGCUGUGAAAAUACUAUAAUAAUAAUGGUUAAUGUUCCAGCAGUGAGGUCUCUGUGCAGUUAGUUCUUUACAUUGGUAUGUGUAUGUGUCUUAAUGGAGUCAGAUAAAACCAAUAGAACUUGGAACUUCACUAAAAAUCUGUGUUAAUUAUCUGCUUUGUUCAACCUUGGUAGUGAUUUUUUUGCCUCUUGGGAUUCCAUUGGCAGAUAAAUAAAAUAAACUUUUAUCAUC